CAAAUAGCCAGCUCACCUCUGCUGUGAUUUCGCCUCUUACAUCAGGACGCUCGGCCUUGUCCGUCCGUCACAGGCGGUUAGAACUUGUCGCUUCCAAGAGGAGAUCUUCUUCCGAGGUGCGUCCCACGCUGAAGUCGUGACGAUGGGUGUGUGGCCUGGAGCCUUGGCUCUGUCUCUGGUGCUGCAACAGCUGCUGAUCACUGCUGAAGCCCAGGGCAAGGUUUACGACCUUCUGACGUCGUCUGACUGCCUACCAGACUUGCUGCAAGGAAGCUUGAAGAACAAAGGGCGAAACGAGGCUUUCCUGCUGUCCUCCUUCCGCCUCACACACAAGGCCCCCACCUCACUCUACAGCGUCUUUAAUCCCAGGGAAAACAGCAAGUACUUGGAACUCAACGUGCAGGCCAAGUUGAGCAAGAUCACCCUGAGGUACCAGAAGGCCGACGGUAGAUUCGCCACCACCAGUUUCAACCACGCCUCCUUGGCCGACGGCAAGGACCACCACGUGAUGCUGCACGCCAGCGGUCUGAAUCGCGGCCCGCCUCGUCUCAACGUCUACGUGGACUGCAGGUUGGCGCACACCUUGGAGGACCUCCCGGCCGCCUUCGGGUCUCUGCCGCCUGGGUCUAACUCGGUGGCGCUUCGGACUCUGAAGUCAAGCGGGCAGGGUAAACUGACCGACAUGAAGCUGGUGAUCGACGACACCAUCGACAAUGUGGCAACGCUGCAGGACUGCAGCCUGGAUCAGACUGAACCUCUGCAGUUGUUGAGUUUCCAGGCAGGCAGGGGCGCUCAGGAGCAGACCACCAUGCAGGAGUUAAGGGUCAUGGUGGCUGAGAUGAAGGCGCUGCUCAACGAGCAGAUUAAAGAGACCAAUUUUCUGAGAAACACCAUCGCAGAGUGUCUUGCUUGUGGUCUCAGUGGAAAUCCGACCAAUCCAGGUCCACCUGUGGGCCACACCGGGUCUCCUUCCUGCCCACCUGGGACGUGUUUCCGACAGGACAUGUGUCUGCCGUCUGCAUCGGGGGGCUACAAGUGUGCCCCCUGUCCUGACGGCUACACGGGCGAUGCCAUGCACUGUGACGACAUAGACGAGUGCCAGUUUGACCCAUGUUUCCCCGGUGUGAGGUGUGAGAACACUGCACCUGGGUUCCGGUGUGGCAGAUGUCCUCUGGGCUACAGAGGACCGGAGAUAAACGGCAUGGGAAUAUCCGACGCUCAGUCAGACAAACAGGUGUGUGAGGAUAUAGACGAGUGCCUGAACCCACCUGAGAUCGGAGGCUGCAUCCCCAACUCGCACUGCUACAACACUAUAGGCUCCUUCCGCUGCGGGGACUGUAAAAAUGGCUUUACGGGGGACCAGGUGAGCGGCUGCCAGGGGAGCAGGCUGUGUCCUAAUGGCCAGCCUAACCCAUGUGACGCCAACGCCGAGUGUGUCGUGCAGAUGGACGGCAGCAUCAGCUGUGUGUGUGGCGUUGGCUGGGCAGGCAAUGGCUACAAGUGUGGAAAAGACACAGACAUCGAUGCAUAUCCUGACAGUAGUCUUGAGUGCAAGGAUAACAACUGUAAUAAGGACAACUGUGUGUUCGUACCAAAUUCCGGCCAGGAGGACGCCGACAGGGACGGCACAGGAGACGCCUGCGACGACGACGCCGACAGCGAUGGCAUCAUCAACAUAGACGACAACUGCUGGCUGGUUCCUAACGUGGACCAGAAGAAUAGCGACAAGGACGUCCACGGCGACGGCUGUGACAACUGCAAAACGGUCGUAAACCCGUCCCAGAGAGACACCGACAAGGACGGGCUGGGAGACGAGUGCGAUGACGACAUGGACGGGGACAAUUUGAAGAAUAAUGUUGACAACUGCCCACGAGUGCCCAACCCGACCCAGGAGGACAAAGACAACGACGGGGUGGGAGAUGCCUGUGACAGCUGUCCUAACAUGGCCAACCCUAACCAGUCUGACUCGGACGAUGACCUGGUAGGAGAUACCUGUGAUGACAACAUCGACACUGAUGGUGACGGCCAUCAGAACACCAAAGACAACUGUCCCGAUAUCAUCAACUCCUCCCAGCUGGACACGGACAAAGACGGCAUGGGAGACGACUGUGACGACGACGACGACAAUGACGGCAUUAAGGACGCAGAUGACAACUGUCGAUUGGUCGCCAACCUGGACCAAAAGGACAGCGAUCUCAACAAAAUAGGAGACGCGUGCCAAGGAGACCUCGACAAAGACAACGUCGCCGACAUCAUCGACCACUGUCCAGAGAACGCCGAGGUCACCCUAACAGACUUCAGAGCGUACCAGACCGUGGUUCUGGAUCCAGAGGGAGAUUCUCAGAUUGAUCCCAACUGGGUGGUUCUUAACCAGGGGAUGGAAAUAGUCCAAACCAUGAACUCUGACCCCGGACUGGCUGUAGGCUACACAGCCUUCAGCGGCGUGGACUUUGAAGGAACGUUCCAUGUCAACACUGUGACGGACGACGACUACGCCGGCUUCAUCUUCGGUUACCAAGACUCGUCUUCCUUCUACGUGGUCAUGUGGAAACAGACGGAGCAGACCUACUGGCAGGCCGCGCCAUUCCGAGCUGUCGCUGAGCCGGGAAUCCAGAUGAAGGCGGUCAAGUCCAAAACUGGACCCGGCGAGUAUCUGAGGAACUCCCUGUGGCACACCGGAGACACUCCGGAGCAAGUCCGUCUCCUUUGGAAAGACCCCAGGAAUGUGGGCUGGAAGGACAAGGUGUCCUACCGCUGGUUUCUCCAGCAUAGACCUCAAGUGGGAUACAUCAGGGCUCGCUUCUUCGAGGGAUCGGACAUGGUGGCGGACACGGGCGUGAUCAUCGACACCAGCAUGAGGGGGGGCAGGCUGGGUGUCUUCUGCUUCUCGCAGGAAAAUAUCAUCUGGUCCAAUCUGAAGUACAGAUGCAAUGAUACCAUUCCUGAUGACUACCAGCUGUUCACGGCCCAAAACGCCAACUAAAGGCUGACAUUCCUAAAAAGCCCCCCUCGGGGCAUCAUUUACCAGGCAAAUAAAGUGUGUAUCAGCAAGUCCUGAGAAUGUUUAUACAUUUGAACACAGCAGCUGUGUAACAUUGGAGCAUUAUAUGACGUAAACCAGGGGUGCCCACAAAAAAAAGAAACUUUUCACAUUGUCA